CCUCUCCUUCAUGCAAGCCUCAGUGUUGUCCGUGUCCAAGAUUUCACACAGGUAGAAGAGCCUUUUGCGUUCACAGCUGCUGAGAGCCUCCGCUGUUUGAUUAAUGGCCUGAAGAUGGUCAGAAAGAGCCAUAUGGUCUUUGGGAAGAGUGACGUAUGGUAAUCCAGCAAUGAAGACCGAUAUACCGUUGACGACCACCAAUUUGACCAGUAUGCCUACAAACUGGAUCCGAUGAAAUACUGUGACCCUCAGGGAUAGACAGACAGAUGUGUGACACCGUGGAGAAUCAUUUGCCUCUCCCAGUGGAGAUCUGAGUUCUGGGACACUGAGGCAACUGCGGGGGGGUGGGUCUCUGAGGAAGAUGCUGGGUUCAGAGCGUGGUGUUGUUGAAGAAUGGCUCUCAGAAUUCAAGUCCUUACCAGAAACCCACAUCCCCAACUACGCAGGCAGCCUUCAUCUGAAGAAGUCCCUGGUGCAAGCACUCUACAGAGUCAUCCAGGACCCCAACAAUGAGCUGCUGGAGCCUGUGUGCCACCAACUCUUCGAGCUGUAUCGUAGCUCUGAUGACCGCCUGCGCCGCUUCACCCUGCAGUUCCUGCCUGAGCUGGUGUGGGUAUAUCUGCGCAUCACAGCCAGCAGGGAUCGCCAGAGCAACGGAUGCAUUGAGGCCCUCCUCCUGGGCAUCUAUAACCUGGAGAUCGUGGACAAAGACGGCAACAGCAAGCUCCUCUCCUUCACAAUCCCAUCUCUGUCCAAGCCAUCGAUAUAUCAUGAGCCUUCUAGCCUGGGGUCCAUGGCCCUGACAGAGGGGGCCCUCUGUCAACAUGAUCUGAUCAGGGUGGUGUACAGCGGCCUCCACCCACAGAGAGAGACCUUCACAGCUCAGAACAGGUUUGAAGUGCUGUGUUUCCUCAUGCUCUGCUACAACUCUGCCGUGGUGUACAUGCCCCUAUCUUCCUAUCAGUCAGUAUGCAGAAUGAGCUCACGGCUGUGCGUAUGUGGCUUCCCCCGGCAGCAGGAGAAGCUUUGGAGGGAACCUUGCAACCGUGUGCUGUUGGACCCCGAGUUCAUGGUGCAGAUGCUGACUGCAGUUUAUCACGCCAUAUACAAUGGGGAGUGGGAGAUGGGGCAGGAAGCCCUGGAGGACAUACUGUACAGAGCCCAGCUGGAGCUUUACUCCCAGCCUCUCUUGUUGGGGAACGCCAUGAAGAACUCUCUGCCAGACAGGGCUCCCGAUGAGCCGCGGGGGCGCAAGGUGCUCCAGGUGGAGGUGACACCCACCAUUAGCCGCAUUUCUAUAUCAGCGAUCACCACCGCCUCCAUACGACGCCACCGCUGGAAGAGAGAGGAUUGUUUUGACUACUCAACCGGUGCAGACUUGAGCCUCAUCGUCAAUCCUCCUAGCCUCGCCCAGCACCACCACACUCCCUGGGACCCCACAGCCAAAGAGGAGAAAGAAGGGCGGCCUCACAGCCACCACAGCAGCAGCAGCAGCAUCCUCAUCCCCCCCAUCACAUUUGAGGAUGCUGAUGGUAUGAGUGGCGGAGAAGAUUCCUUCAAUGUUAACGACCCAGACGAGGGUUUCUCCUCCGGGGCGUCUAACAGCAGCCAGCCCAGCGGAACCAAGGUGGGCGGCAGUGUGGGGCCGAGGGGCGGCAGCCUUAACAGCAGCAGCAGCAGCAUCAAGAAAGCCAUCACGGCCCGGCUGUCUCGGGACAAGGAGAGAGAGCGGGAGAAGGAACGGGAGAAGGAACGGGAGAAGGAACGGGAGAAGGAAGGAACGGGAGAAGGAGAGGACGGAGAGAGAGCGGCAGAGGGAAGCAGAGAAACAGGCAGAAUUGUCAGCGGAUCACCAGGCUGUAGUGAUGAGGCAACACCAGAGGCAGCAAACGCCUCCAGCCAGCAUCACAUUGGAUGCCAUCCAGCUGAGCCCCAUAAAGAAGCACUUGAGCUUCCCUGCGGGGCCCAUGCUGUUGCGGACUGGCAGCACCUCCUCCAGCAAGUCCUUUGACUGCAUGAAUUUCAACCUGAAUGGAGGCGAUGAUGAGCGAGAGAAGGUGGCAGGGGGCUCUGACAAGGAAGGAGGGCUUCCAUCAGGUGGCUCCCACCGCCACUCCACCAUUAGCCUGAAGGAGGAGCACCUCAUCAGGCCAGAGGACGCCCAGGACCUCCUGUCUCCUGGAGCUCCUCUUACCAGGCAGUCCCGCUCCCCUAGUUUCAACAUGCAGAUCAUAUCACAGGUCUAACUACAGUGCAGGGCAUGGUAUACACACAUACACACACACACACACACACACACACACCACACACACACACACACACACAUUACCUGUUCAUAACACUCAUCCUCAUGCAGUUUUUCUCUGCAACUCUUUCCAACCCUAUUUUGACAAUUUCUGUCUACUUAUAUGUGGUUGGUAUGUGUGUGCUAAAUAGUUAUCUCCACCCUUUUAACAUCCAUUACAAUUGUGACCUGCAGUUGUUGCUGGUGGGUUUAGCCUUACUGAAAAUGGAGUAAGUGAUGACUGCCCAAUGCUGUUACUACAGUCCAGCAUGUCACUGCAUCCUCCCGUUUAACCAAGCUGACCAUUCCACACAGAAACCCCUCAAAAGAAGGAAGUGUUGAACAAAAACCCAUAAGGAUUACAUGCUAGCUGUAGGGGUAUAUAUAUAUUAUAUUAUAUAUAUAAUAUAUAUAUAUAUAUAAUAUAUAUAUCCCCUACAGCUAGCAUGUAAUCCUUAAUAUGAAAUAUAUGAAAUAUAUAUAUAUUUCAGAUUUUUGAGUUCACGACUGAAUCAGUCAACAAUGAAAAUCAGCAAUAACACUUACGUUGCUCAUGUAGAGAAGAGUGGGGAUUAUUGCUCUUUGUCUUCAUUCCUUCCCUUUCAUUCCCCGGGCUCACGUGCAAUCGUUCUUGCUGAUUAUCUUCCUUGUUAAUUGUUGUUUUUAAAGUAGGCAUAAAUGGUUUUAAAUGAAUAAAAUUCUUUUUUAAAUGUUUUUUUUUUUUUUAUUACUAUUUCACAAUCCAAAUAAGGUAGCUUUGUUCAUCACUUGUAUGACGGUUAUUUGGCAGAAAUCAGACAGAUCCAAGAGAUAUUAAAUAUUCUUCAGCCCACGAACUUCCUUUUAUCCUGUAAUUAUAAUAUUCUCAUUUGAGCUAUAAAAUCUGACUUUUAAGAUUGUUGUCAAACAAAACUGGAAUGUGGUAAGCUUUUAACUUGACAAAUCUAAAGAAAUCAGUACUGUGCAGCUAUAAGAGGAAUGAAUUAAUCUUGUGACUUCAAAUCUGAAGCAGAAUUUUCUGGAAGAAGUGGAUGAAAACAUUGUUGACAGUGCAGCGUUGUGUCUGAAGCUAACAGGUAAUGACUGUAUUUUAUAUUGAAUUGUUAUUAGGGUUCAAACCAUUUAAUGGGUCCUUCCAUCCCAAUGCAGUUGUCAGUGUGUUUGUCAGGCUCUGGCUUGUGUGUGGUGUCAUGUCUAAGCAGGUGACAUACUGCCAUCUGGAGGCUUGUAUUGGUCACUGCGCUUUCAGCAGUCACCACGGCGAUGGUAUCGUGCUUUGCACUCUGAUUGGAUGCUCAUGAAACAUUUUGUUCUACCUCAUUGUGUGUUCACCCUACCACUCAGACACCUGUCUCCCAAUCAGACGCUGGAUUUAAAGACCCCAUUAGGUUUUAAGCUGCGGGAGUAAAUAAAUAUUGGGGACCAAACUGGUUUCACACUGCAACUGUAAUGACAUCGUAAAAUCUGUGUGUCCACGUGAGGAGUUUUGACUGAAAAUCUCGGCCUUGCAUUUCAGUUUAAUCACACCACAAAACCUAGCUGCAAAACAGGAACACAACUGUCUUCAGGUUUUCUGUCUUCUAUCAAAUAACCACUUCAGGAUUUACCUGAUUAUUUGAAUUCCUAGAAAUGUCCUGCUGAUCUUUUUUUCUUUUUAAUGUAAUUUUUGAAGUGCAAUUUUUUUUUUUAUCCUCAUGUGCAUGGAGUUGGAUCUUCUCUGCUGUUAAAUGCCUGCAUCUGCCUGCACAGUGCUAGCUAGCCUUCUGUAGUGCUCCCUGCCCAGGCUGAGUGAUUUGAACAUGGCGUGCUUGUCUGCAUGUUUAGUGCCCCGCAAAGCACUGCUAUUUCAGAUGCGUGAAACAGCCAGCGAGCCAAACCCAAAUCUCGUCCUCAUCUUUGCCAGAUGUGCCAAUACACAUCCUCUUGUUAAGGAAAUUUACGUUUUGCUUUGAUGUCUUAAGUUAAAAUGACUGUUUUGUUCCGUUUACUGGUCUUAUUUUAUAGUUAAGGGACAAAAAAGGGAUGUGUGGACUUAUGGCUCAGCGUGCCCUUGGAUGCAGCUUUACCUAUUUUGACAUGAAUAAUCGUUUCACUCAUCACAGGUGUGUGCGACACACUGUACUUUCAGUUAUCACUAUUUGCUGUUCACAUGUAAAAGCAGUAUAAUAUGCGUGUGUGUACCGUAGAUGUCAGCUGUUGUAUUGCAUUUCCCAUGUCUUGCUCAAGUGCUUAUUUAAAAUAAGGAUGAAUGAUAAAUGUAUAUAGACAAGUCAGUUCAGUCCGCAGUGAAAUCCCACGCACUCAUGCUCCCACUGUGCUGGAAACCGUCACAGCUGCUGGUCCUGAGUGAGAUCUGUGUGCGCUUUAGCCUUAAACAUUUCAGGCCAAAAAGCCUUGAUCGUCAGCUCUUUGGGCUCACAUGCUCUUCCUUGACCGGGCUGUGUAAAAAGAAGAGGAGUGGAGUGCAGCUACAGUUCACACUCUCACCUGGUCUGUCUGCUAUCAUCCCUGUGCUGUGUGGCUCACGAGCCGCGUCCCCAUUUGCUGUAUUUUACCGUGAGUUGAGUGGCACUUUUUUGCUGUUUUUAUAACUGGUGAUGUGUUCAUGUCAUUAAUAUGAGUGCCCCUGACCAAUGUUACCAGCAGCCAUGUUGGUUCUGUAGGUUGACUUAGAGUAACGGAUAGACAAAUAUUCCUCAGUGUCUGAUUUGCAUGUUAUCAGGGUGGGAAAUGAACACCAGCCAGUGAAUGUUCAUGAUACUGGACUGUGGCUGAAAAUAUGCUAUUUAAUGUGGUAGAAUAAUGAGCCUUGAAAUCCACAGAAGGUCCACUUACAUUUCAAAAAAGGUUUACUUGGUUAGUGUGUACUUGGUCAGCCACUGUCGCUGGUGGACAAAGUUCAUUUCCUGUCCUGCAUGUGAUAACUGUGGGCUUUGUUUUCAUACAGUAUAAUGCACUUUAAUCCAUCCACCUCUUUCCUCAAGAUAGUUAUUGAAAUGAUAUAUGUGCAAACGUGUAUACACUCAAUGCAGGGUUGUAGUCUCUUUUAAAGUAGUACUUCUAUGUGAUGUCACAUCCAACACAAUGCUAUUUUUGUUAAAGUCUAAGGGUACAGCCGUUUUUAUUAUUUUUUUAUUUUCCAAAACCAAAAAAAAAAAAAUAUUAAGGGGUCUGGAAGGUCUCAGGAGAAGAAGAAAAAAUGGCAGCACCAAAAUUUCUGUUCUUGAAGUAAGAAUUGAUUCUAUGCAACAUUUUUUCCCCUUUUUUGUUUUAUGGUGUUACCGGCUUUCAUUGAUCCGUGUCGGGUGAGACGAGCAGAUGCAUUUAAGAUGAUUGUCAAGAUGCACGAUAGCUUCCUCAUUCAGUGAUUCAGAGUGAGGGACCCUCUCUCAUGUGGGUGAAGAAGACCAUCCAGUUGUCAUCCGACUGCACUCACAAAGUGAAUGCCGCACUGGGACUUUAGGUGCAUGCUGGGCCUUUAUGUCGGUUUGCUGCUCUGUGGCUCAAAGACGUCAGGUGGUGUAUGAGAUAUAGACAGAUUAUCAAUGAUGCAUCUAAUCUAGAUACUUCGAGGAAAGCUGCUGGACGAUGUGAUAACACUGUACUAUUGAUGUUAUAUAAAUGGAGAAAAAGACUUAUUUUAAAUCUUGUAAAUAUAAAAUGUACAAAGGUGAAAGCAAGAUAAAUAUAACAAACUGAAGCUCAGUCUGAGAUGUAGAGAGAAAUUAAUCUGUAUAUUGUUGAAUAAAUAUUGUGCCGUAAGGGAUA